AUGACUUCUAAAACUAUUGCCAUUGUUCUCCUCUUCAACAUCAUCGUCUACACUAUGGUUAAUGCUCAAUGUCCCCCAGACCAACUUGUUGUUAAUGUAUGUGCAAGUUUGUUGAAUGGAGUGGUUGAUGUUUUUCUGCCGGCAGGAUCUUCUCCUUGUUUUCCCCUUCUCAGUGUUAUCGUGAACGCAAACGCUGCCACAUGCCCUAUUUGGGCUGCAAUUAUUAAGAAAGUGAGUGUUCAAGAUUAA